AUCACGUCUGUCACCUCCGCACUUCUCGUGAGAGUUGGAUACCGGAAGGGUUCGGACGUAUCAUGUGAUUUGCUCUUGCUGGCACUCUGUUUGAGUAGCUAUGUCAAAAGUAUUAUAAUUUUUAAAAGACUGUUUUUGAAGAACCUCUCGUUUUCUCCAAAGGGUAAAAUACAAGAUGCAGAACGUUAUAAACACAGUGAAAGGGACGGCUCUCGGUGUGGCUGAAUUUCUCACGCCAGUGUUGAAGGAAUCGAAAUUCAAAGAGACUGGAGUCAUUACACCAGAAGAGUUUGUUGCAGCUGGAGAUCAUUUGGUUCAUCAUUGCCCCACAUGGAAAUGGGCCACUGGAGAAGAAGUCAAGGUGAAGCCAUAUUUGCCGCAGGACAAACAGUUUCUCCUGACACGCAAUGUUCCCUGUUACAAGCGUUGUAAACAGAUGGAGUAUUCAGAUGAACUGGAAGCCAUAAUCGAAGAGGAUGAUGGAGAUGGGGGCUGGGUGGACACUUACCACAACUCAGGUGUGUUAGGAGUCACAGAUGCUGUACGAGAAAUUUCACUGGACAAUAGUAAGGAUAAUAACAUGAAUGCCAAAUCGGCAGCGUGUUGUGAUGAUGAUGAUGAAGAUGAUGGAGAAGAUGGAGAAGCAGCUGAUAUGGAAGAGUAUGAGGAAAGUGGCCUGUUGGAAACGGACGAGGCCACCUUGGACACCAGGAAAAUGGUUGAGGCCAAAGCAGAGCCUGGGAGUGAAGACGCCAUCCUUCAGACUAGAACAUAUGACCUGUACAUCACAUAUGAUAAAUACUACCAGACCCCUCGACUCUGGCUUUUUGGAUAUGAUGAAGAGAGGCAACCGCUGACUGUAGAACAGAUGUACGAGGACAUCAGCCAGGACCACGUGAAGAAGACGGUCACCAUCGAGAACCACCCCAACCUGCCUCCACCUGCCAUGUGCUCCGUCCACCCCUGCAGACAUGCUGAAGUGAUGAAAAAGAUCAUUGAGACUGUGGCAGAAGGGGGAGGAGAGCUGGGAGUACAUAUGUACCUUCUGAUUUUUCUCAAGUUUGUCCAGGCCGUCAUUCCCACGAUAGAAUACGACUACACGAGACACUUCACCAUGUAGCUUCAUGAAUCUGCCUCUGCUAAUGCAACAGGGGAAAGACGAGCUCUUCUGCCUCUUGUGUUGAGAGUAUAUCUGGCCUGGUCUGAUUACAACCAGUUUGAGGAGUGUUUGUACUCUGAGACACUUUGCGUGGGUGCAGGACAUAUGGAAUGUUAGAGGUAUGUGACAAAACUGAAACCCAGAGUCAGAUCGAUAUCGGUUUAUCUGUGUGCAUCCAGUACUGGGCUAAAUGUGUUGUGUCUAAUUGUCGCUAGCCUACCGCAUGAAAAGUCUUAUUUUCAUGUCGUAUUGUUUUAUUUCACCAGUGGAAAAAUAGAAAUGUAAAAACGACACACUUGGAUAUAUUUGUAACUCGCUUGCAAUUUUUUUUUCCGUCUUUCAUAAAAUUGGCUCGUAGUCUCUUCUCACUUGCGGUCUUUGUGCUAAGCUAGGCUAACCCGUCCUGGACACACUUCUGUGCUGGGAACACACAAACAAAUCUGAUCUCCAUCUUUUUCCUCUGACUCUGGGUCAAGGCUGCAGACAAGGCUCGGUCCCACAAUUUGGGCUGUCCUGCUGAUGUUUCUCUCUACAGGUUUAAUGUUGUGACCACAAUGUGGUGAGAUCUCACAAAGUUCUUGUUAAGAAGAUUUUGAUGCCGUUACUAAAACUCACCCCAUUCCACACUGCUUCGCUGCUUGAAAUGUAAGAUGUCUCUUUCAGAAAAUAAAUUAACCCCAAUUGUG